AUGAAGGAGAUAAUUAAAUUGAAGGAACCAAAGAGACUGACAGCGCAUAAAGCUGCAGUGGUCAAGAUGGAAGACAGCCUACUGGGUCAAGCUUUAAGUGCGGUGAAGACGGGAGCUAACAAGCAGCAAAGGUCGUAUACGUACACACCUUUUAAAGCAGCUACGGUGCCGCAGAAGCAGCUACCUGAUACGAAAGAUCAACAGGGGCCUCGACAACAGUUCAGACCUCGUUUACACUUAUCAGAGGAAGAGCUGAAGUACCGCAAGGAUAAUCACUUGUGUUACCAGUGCGCAGGGAAAUUUUCGAGAACUCAUGUCUGCCCAAACAAAGACCUUCAAGUGAUCACUGUUAUCGGAGGUGUUGAGAUGGAGUUUUUGGAGGAGUUUGACGCGGAGACAGAAGUAGUAGAAGAGCAUCAAGGGGCACAACUUAAACUGCAUCACGACAUUAGUUUGAACGUCUUACUUGGGACAGGGAUACAAGUGAGUGGAUUGGGAGUUUGUGAAGCAGUAUCACUUCAGUUGCAAGGAUUACAGUUCACUUCAGACUUUGUAGCUCUGGAACUGGGAGGAGUAGAUGUGGUUCUGGGUAUUCAAUGGCUGAGGACACUUGGGAAGUGUGAAGUAGAUUGGGAGAAGCAUGAAAUGCGUUUUCAACACGAAGGCCAAUUGGUUACUUUGGUUGGUGACGUAGGGGUUUACAACACUCGUGUAUCCCUGAAGUCUUUAAUAUCCACAACUCCGGCAGAAAAGAAGAGAGUUGAGCUUUGGUUUGGUAAUCACCAGGUGCAACAACAAGUAGUAACACCAAUUCCUGUGCGGAUAAUCACGGUUUUGGAUCAGUUUACGAAAGUUUUUGCACCACAAGUGGGAUUACCACCUCUGCGUGGAAGAGAGCAUCCGAUUACACUAAAAACAGGAACUGAGGCAAUCAGUGUAAGGCCUUAUCGCUACCCUCAAGCGCAUAAGGCAGCCAUGACUUCUAUGGUUAAAGAGAUGCUCGAGUCGGGUAUUAUACGUCCAAGUACUAGUCCGUUUUCUAGUCCGGUUCUACUGGUCAAGAAAAAGGACGGCUCAUGGCGCUUUUGUAUUGAUUAUCGAGCAUUGAAUCGAGCAACAGUGCCUAAUAAGUACCCGAUCCCCAUGAUAGAUCAGUUACUUGAUAAGCUACAUGGCGCGACCAUCUUUUCAAAGCUGGAUCUUCGUGCAGGAUAUCAUCAAAAACGAAUGGUGGAAGAAGACAUUGCGAAGACGGCUUUUCGAACUCAAGACGGUCACUAUAAUUUUCUGGUCAUGCCGUUUGGCUUGACGAAUGCACCAGCAACCUUCCAGGCACUGAUGAAUGAUCUAUUCAGGCCAUACUUGGGAGUCUUCGUUCUGGUGUUUUUUGAUGAUAUAUUGGUAUACAGUAGAAGCGUUGAUGACCACACUCACCAUUUACAGAUCGUGAUGGAGAUAUUGGAGAAAAACAACCUGUUUGUUCAUCAGAAGAAAUGUCUAUUUGGACAGUCACAGGUUGAUUAUCUCGGGCACAUCAUCACUGCAGAAGGAGUGUCUACUGAUCUAUAA